AUGUCAACCAUCUGUGGUGUCUGUAAAGGCCCACAUGGAUGUAUCUGUUCUACUCAUUCCCACUCACAACAAUCAUAUCAUCCUGCUUUUACCCACUCGUAUCCUCCAAUCUACCAAUGGCCUCGUACCUUCCCUAGUGCUCCAGUACUUCCGGCUCAGCUCCCUAUCAGUUUUAGCAAUAAUGGGCAGGCAGCAACCUCAGCAUAUGGUUUCCAGAACACAUUUCAAGCCACGUAUGGAUCGACACCUGCUCCGCCAUAUCCCAAUGAGCCACCCGCGUUCCGAGUAGCGCUAUCGGACCAUACCCCAACCUUCGUCAACUCAAGCCCACCUGCUGCAGCUACCUCGACAAGUUCGGCAUCCAAGAAGCGCAAGUCAGGCCGUGAAGGCAGCAGCGGCCGACGGAAGAAGCAAAACACAAACGUCAAUACAUCGGGUGCAACUCCACCCGUUUCAGCCACCACCCUCCAGCCUCAGGCUGCUCCCUCUGCGCCUGCUCCCUCUGUGCCUGGAGUCGGCCCUCAACACCCAUCGUCACAACCUCCCGAGUCUCGUGUUGCUGCCCAUCCAUCUCUCCUGCGGCGGGCUGGUCCAACAAUUGCCAUCGAGGGGUCUUUGCUUGUUUCGGAAUCAAGGGAAGAUUGA